GUUCAUUUGAACUGCCAUGGCUUUUGCGUCCCGUGUCAUUUGCUCAACUGUUCUCAUUGUCAAUGUUUGGACCGUGGGUACCUUGAGUCGUGACGAUAUUUCUGUCCAACAAUAAGCGCCCUAAACAUCCCACGCCCCUCGUUCCGAAAUUCACCGCUUCUCUGAAUCUCUCAUUUCAUUUCAACCACUUUAGCCCCGACUUUAGCAUUAAUCCAUUUCCGUCAAAAAGCACAAAAAGCAUUACAUUGCAUCACCCUGUGGCAAACGAUGAGCUCAAUAACAUCCUUCUUCUCCUCGUUCCUUCCGACUAUCCAAGCUGAGGCUCCAGCCGUGGAAAAGCCUGUAGACGAGGUGAAAGAGUCUGAGGAGGAGGGGAAGGAGGAGGAGAAAGAGGAGGAGAAAGAGGAGGAAGAAGAAGAAGAAGAACCUGAAGAUACCCACCCCGCUAUCCGAGACGAAUGCCAAAAUUCCGCUAAAUGCGCACCGUUGUUAAAGCACUUCGAGCAUUGUCAAGAAAAAGUCCAAGCUGGUGAGGGGUUCAAAGGAGAGGAUUGUGUAGAAGAAAUGUUCCACAUGAUGCACUGCGCCGAAGAAUGCGCCGCACCCAAACUCUUCGCUCAACUCAAAUAAUCAAUCACUUUCCCAUUGAACGGAAUCCUUGUCGUCCCAUAGAUGAAGAUGAAGAUGAAGAUGUGGAUGUAGGAGCGGUAGAAAAAUUCCCAGACCCCCCUCCCUACCCCUAGCCUACCCCUACCCCUAGUAUAUGUAUAUGUACAUGGUACACAAGAAGUCGUCCGUCCGUCGUCCCGUCCCGUCCCGUAUCGCAGGAAAAAAAUGAAUUUUAUCAUGUUAUGUUAUGUUAUGUAGAAGAAGAAGGAAGAAGAAGAAGAUUCUUCAUGUUUCUGGGUACUUACUUAUCGUAAUUCACACAUGGUUACAUGGUUACAUUGUUGGGGGCUCCAUGAUCCCGAC